AUGGCCUCCUUCUUCGGCGACGACGGCGCCGACGACCUCCCGCGCACCACCUCCCACCCCUUUGACUCCGACGACUUCGGCGCCGCCGCGGCCGACGGCGACGGCGCCGGUGGGAAAAAUGCUAUUGAACUUGAGAAAAAGGAACAGAAGGAGAAGGAGCUACGUGCCCAAAUAAUUGCUGAAGCUGAAGAAUUCAAGAAAGCUUUUUUUGAGAAGAGGAUACAGAACUGUGCGUCAAAUAUGGUCAACAACAGAGAAAGGGAGAAGAUUUUUGUAGCCAGCCAGGAGAAAUUCCAUGCCAACGCAGACAAGCAGUACUGGAAAUCGAUUUCAGAUCUCAUCCCACAUGAAAUAGCCACCAUUGAGAAGCGGGGAAAGAAAGACAAGGACAAGAAGCCAUCCAUCACAGUUAUUCAGGGCCCCAAGCCUGGCAAGCCCACCGACCUCUCCCGGAUGCGCCAUAUCUUAGUGAAGCUGAAGCAUGCUCCACCGCCACAUAUGUUGCAACCUCCACCAGCACCUGCUGCUAAAGAGGGCGCAAAGGAUGGCGCCAAAGAAGGUGCAAAGGAUGGUGCCAAAGAAGGCGCGGCAGCCCCAGCAAACGGCGCCAAGCAGCCUGCAGAAAGCCAAGAAACCCCCGCCAAUGGCCCCUCCGAGGCCGAGAAAGAGCAGCCUGCAGCGUCGGAGUGA